ACUCAGAAGAUGAAUCUCUUCCAGUCAAUAACGAGUGCCUUGGAUAACACUUUAGCCAAAGAUCCCACUGCAGUAAUAUUUGGUGAAGAUGUAGCCUUUGGUGGAGUCUUCAGGUGUACGGUUGGUUUGCGAGACAAAUAUGGUAAAGACAGAGUUUUCAACACUCCUUUGUGUGAGCAAGGAAUUGUUGGGUUUGGGAUUGGAGUUGCUGUUGCAGGUGCUACGGCUAUUGCAGAAAUUCAGUUUGCUGAUUACAUUUUUCCAGCAUUUGAUCAGAUUGUUAACGAAGCAGCAAAAUAUCGUUACCGCUCCGGAGAUUUGUUCAACUGCGGCAGUCUCACCAUCCGAGCCCCCUGGGGCUGCGUGGGCCACGGAGCCCUCUAUCACUCUCAAAGUCCUGAAGCUUUUUUUGCUCACUGUCCAGGAAUAAAGGUAAUAGUCACUCUUAAUUUGUUUUGA